AUGCAGUCUGCGCAAGACAGCACUGCGACUUCAUUUCAAGAGGAUCGACCUGGCACCCCACCCCGCCCGCCCUAUUCCCCGGUGACCCCGGUGUUCGCACAUCUCGACCCAGUUGCAUCCAACGACGCCACGAUCAUACCACCUCCUCUUUUGCCCUCACCAACAUCCAAGGUUGUACCAGAAUCGACGACUUCAUACCGCGCACCACCUCCCCCAGCAGCUCCGCCCGUUUUCAAACCGGAGCCGCCCCCAGUUCCGAUCUCCGAGAGCGAGAACCCAGAUGCGAUCGCUCUGCGCUCUGCGAUCUCUAUACUGCAACUACAGAAGCAGCAAAGCUUGCGCGAUAUACAAACGCUGGAUCGUUUGAAAGAAGCUGCUGCCGCGGAUCCAGAGGGCUUCGCGCGCGAGUUGGCAGCGGGCCGUUUGCGCACGGAGGACCGCGGGGCAAUCAUUCAGUUCUCCGACAACGAUGCCAUGGAGACAGAAGAGAAUGCACAAGAAGACCAGAAACAUGCUGAAGGCAACCAGCCCUCUGCAUCAAAGUUCGGUUCCAUACCGUCGCCACAGAAUGUGGUCCGAAUGCCCCCAAUCAAUUGGGCCAAAUAUAAGGUGAUGGGCGAUUCGUUGGACCGUAUGCAUGAAGAGCAACUGCGACGACCGAGUUCAGGCGAGCCUCGACGAGAGCCAGCCGCCGAGCAUGUGUUGGCGUCGCCAUAUCGGCCCCUGGUUGAUCACUUAGGGACACCUGCCCGGCUUGCCCGGCCAUCCAAGGCUAAGAAGCCAUGA